CUUGGCGAUUGGAGUAAAGUAUGGCGAGGGCAGUUCCAAUGCGGAGUGAGUACCCAUGUCUUUAAGUGGGCUUAGAAGUGAAUUAUCAGGCCAUUUUUUGAAAAGUUUGGCAGAGGAUUCUUAUCUUCUCUCCAAGAUCAAGCUUUCCAGUAAAUAUUCAUUUGUGCUUGGGCAAUACAGUCACCAUGCCCCCCAAGAAGGUUGAAGCUGUCACGGACAAUGUCGUUGCUUUCGGAAGGGUUCGCAAGAACCUAAAGAUGGGAUGCGUUGGUCUGCCUAACGUGGGAAAGUCGAGUCUUUUCAAUCUCUUGACCGAGCAGAGCGCCGCUGCAGAGAACUACCCCUUUUGUACGAUUGAGCCCAAUGAGGCGAGAUGUGCUGUUCCCGACGCUCGAUAUGACUUUCUCUGUGACCUUUGGAAGCCGCCGUCCAUGUACCCAGCGUAUCUGCAGGUCACCGACAUUGCCGGUCUGAUCAAGGGUGCUUCCCAAGGAGAAGGACUUGGAAAUGCCUUCCUGUCUCAUAUCCAGGCCGUCGACGGCAUGUUCCACAUUGUCAGAGCAUUCGAUAACGAUCAAGUUUUGCAUGUCGAUGACUCGAUCGAUCCCGUCCGGGACUUGGAUACCAUCCAAAGCGAGCUUUGCAAGAAGGAUCUCGACAUUCUGCAGAAGACAAUCAUCGCCGAGGAAGCAAUCGUCAGAAAGGCAGGUGGCAAGUACAAGAUGCUACCUCUCUUCACAGAGACAACGACAAAGAUCCGAGCAAUGCUGGAGAAGGAUCAGCCAGUCAGAGACGGAAGCUGGACACCGGCCGAGAUUGCGCUCAUCAACGAGAAGAUACAGCUAAUCACCACCAAGCCAACCAUAUACCUCGUGAACUUGACAAUGAAGGACUACCUCAGACAGAAGAGCAAGUACCUGCCGCCCAUAGCCAAGUGGGUCACCGAGCACGGAGGCGUUCCCCGAGACAUCAUCCCCUUCUCUAUUGAGUUUGAAGAGAAGCUCUACAGCAUGAAAGAUGAUCCAGCUGCACAGGCCGAGUUCCUCAAGGAGAGCAAGGUCAAGUCAAAACUGGACAAGAUCAUCACUGAAGGAUUCACAAAGCUCGGCCUGCAAUACUACUUCACCGCUGGUGAGAAGGAGAUCAGAUGCUGGACUAUUCCGAGGGGAUGCCUAGCACCGCAAGCUGCUGGAGCUAUCCACGGCGAUUUCGAGAGGGGAUUCAUCAAAGCUGAAGUGGUCGCCUACCAAGACUUCCACGAUCUCUGCGAAGGCGGCAAGUCCAUGGGCCCAAUCAAGGCUGCUGGAAAAUACCGACAAGAAGGAAAGUCUUAUGUUGUCCAAGACGGAGAUAUCAUCCAUUUCCAAUUCAACGUUUCAAAUAAGAAAUAGAUUUACCUUAUCGAGGCCGGCGGCUAUGGAAGCUCGGAUAGCGACCAGUUUCAACAACUGGCCCAUUCAGCUUGGGAUAUGUUAACCGCAGACUCCCUGACCUUUUACCAGGACCACAAACAUCUAUAGAUCAUAGUCCUGCCUUGGAGACUGUUCCUAUUUGGCUUGAAUUUCCUCGGCCUCUGCUCCUUCAGUUUUGAGCUACUACUAGUAUCAUUUACGAAACUUGCUAGGUAUCAAUCAAAGACUAAAUGGGAUCCCCAUGUCAGUAUAAAACAAUGCUGUUCUUUGAGCAGACCCGGGGGGAAAGGAUCUCUGCCCGACGCUAUAGUAAUCGAUAUUGGAAAGGUUGGGCUUAUGGCUCGGAAAGUAAAAUCAGAGAACUUCUCGAAGCACCUCGAUAGAUAGGUCGUGACAGCUAGCGAUAAAUCAACAUAAACAACCACCUAUGAAUGCUACGAGCUGACUCUGCAGUUAUUUUUCAUCCUGAAAAUGUUUCCGCGGAGGGAUGCUCUAAACCCACUCAUCCGGGGCGGGUUAGGGCGUGCCCUCUGUUGCCGAGCUGAUGUACUAUAAAUCCCAGUCUUAGAGGUUAUUGAAGCCUUUUAUACCAGUAUAAGUCAGCAGA